UUUACAGAGUUCAACUAUGCCAGUUUUGUCCCUACACAAUAGCUACACCUUACCAUCAGGAUCUGCAAGUUAUACUCUUGGACUUAGUGGUGCCCCAAAUGUGGCAUCAUAUUCAUAUCGGACGUCAGCAGGAGUUGCGAGUGAUCGAUUAAUGACCGGCACAACUCUCGGUGUUCCCAAUAUAUCCAACACUGGUGCAUUAACUGGUUUAUCGGUAUCUACCGUUAACCCAUUUGUUUACACGACGUACACAAAUCCAUUGCUUACAACUAGUGCAGUUGUAUCAACUAUUAGAAAACCUUACGAUGAUUUAGAUUUGAUAGUUGGUGGCCGAUAUGGACCGAGACCAAUGACACCCACAUCACCAAUAGUUUCCGGAAAUUGGGGACUCGAUAGUUUAAGUGGUUUGGAUGGAGUUAACCCGGCUUUCAUUCAUACACAACCGCAUUUACGUUUAGGAGCACUCGAUCUAGAAACUCGUCACGGAUAUAGUAUCAACGGUAAUGGUGAACCCCAAGUAGAUAUGUUGGAUAUUCCUGGAAAAGGAAGAUGUUGUGUAUUUAUAGCUCGAUUUUCGUACGAUCCUCCCGACGAUGCGGAAGGUGAAUUGACUUUGAGUACUGGUGAUUACUUAUUAGUAUGGGGGAGUGGAGAGCCACAAGGAGGAUAUUAUGAUGCUGAACUUCUUGAUGGACGACGCGGUUUAGUGCCAGCAUCUUUUGUACAAAGGCUAGUUGGCGAUGAUCUUUUGGAAUUUCAUCAGGCGGUUGUAUCGACACUACGUGAUGCUGAUGAAAUACUCGUGCCUUUAGAUCCAGCACCUCUUCCUCCGAAUAUACCGCAAACAAAUCCAUUAUUAACUCAUACUUCCGAGGAUUUGGCAAGAUUAAACGAAGUACAUAACGACAUCCCAAGUGAUCAAAAUGAAGACGAAGCAUCUGAUAAUGGUAUAACAAAUAAAGACAUCUUAAGAACCCGAUUUUAAUCUCGAUGACCAAAA